UACCGCUUGGCUUGCGUCCCUUUUGACGCGCUCUCAUCUCUGUCCUCCCUUCUCUUCCUAUACAAGUCCUCCCUUUAUUCUUCUUCUUCCUCCCCUUUCUUGUAGUAGUACCCUUGUUUGUGUGUUGAGCCGUGGCUGUCACCGGGUCAACACACUACCAUUUCAACCUCUUUGCCCUGUUCAACACCAGCUCAUGCUUCCAUUGCUAGUGGUAUAAGACUCGGAUUUUCCCUCAUGAACCAUCCAAAUAUUCAGUCUUGAAGAAGGAGGAGAGGGGAGGGGGAAGGCGAUGAAGUCUAACAGGAACCUGACCAGGGGAGACGGUAGGAGGCUGGGGAAUGCGGCACUGAUAGCGUUUAUGCUGGGAUCCCUACUUGUGCUCUCCCUCGUCAGGGCAAGGUUCUCCCCCAUCGGGAAGCCAGGGGAAGCCAUCAAAACAGAGGAGCAGGAGGCGAUGAGGAAGGGGAGUGUGAAGAUGGAGACCCUCGAGGCCGCCGAUGAGGCUGCAGCAUCAGCUGCAGCAGCAGAAGAGGAAGAAGAAACGCAGCCCAAGGCUGGAGACACCACAGCUGGUGGCGGUGGCGGUGGCGCAAGCAGCGCAGCUGUUGCAGCAGCGUCCACCACGGCCACGGACCACCUGACUAAGCCGGUGUGUUACGAGUCAAGCCGGCGGUCGGACACGUGCGAGGCCACCGGCGACGUCCGCGUGCACGGCCGCAGCCAGACCAUCCACAUCAGCCCACUGGAGCAGGAGUGGAAGGUGAAGCCGUACUGCCGGAAGCACGAUGCCUUCGCGCUGUCGCACGUCAAGGAGUGGGCGCUUCGGCCCCUCUCCACCGCCGACACAUACCCGGCGGUGCCGCAUUGCACGGUUAACAGUUCGGCCACCGCGUUCGUGCUCUCCACCGGCGGGUUCACGGGCAACCCGUUCCACGACUACACGGACGUGCUCAUCCCGGCGUUCAUCACCGCACACCGCUUCGCUGGCGAGGUUCAGUUCCUGGUGAGCAGCUUCAAGUCGUGGUGGACGAACAGGUACAUGCAAAUCUUCCAGCGGCUCAGCAAGUACGAAUUGGUUGACAUCGACAAUGAUGACGAGGUCCGAUGUUACCGGAGCGUGGUGGUCGGGCCGACGUUCCACAAGGAGCUCGGUGUGGACGCGUCCAGGACGCCGUCGGGGUACUCCAUGGUGGACUUCCGCACGAUGUUGCGUGGAGCGCUCGGGCUGGAGCGCGCUGUGGCUGAGCCCAGCGGCGACCGGUGGGACAUCCGGCGCCGCCCACGACUGCUGAUCAUCUCGCGGCGCAACUCCCGUGCGUUCCUGAACGAGCGUGCCAUGGCGGACAUGGCCAUGAGCCUGGGCUUCUACGUGCGUUUGGGCGAGCCGGACAUCAGCACGGACGUGUCCAAGUUCGCCCGGCUGGUGAACUCGGCGGACGUGAUGGUGGGCGUGCACGGCGCAGGGCUGACCAACAUGGUGUUCCUCCCUGCCGGCGCCGUGCUCAUCCAGGUGGUGCCGUAUGGUGGCCUGGAAUGGCUCGCCCGCGGCACGUUCAAGGAGCCGGCGGCCGACAUGCAGAUCCACUACCUCGAAUAUAUGAUCCAGCUCGACGAGACGACGCUGAGCGAGCAAUACCCCAAGGACGACCCGGUGCUCAAGGACCCCUACUCCAUCCACAAGCAGGGCUGGAACGCUCUCAAGAUGGUCUACCUAGACAAGCAGAAUGUGCGGCCACAUUUGGGCAGGCUCAAGAACACUUUCAUGGAGGCCCUCAAGCUGCUGCCCCAUGGGCACACCAACUGAGUAACAUACUUAUUGAUCAUGGAGCCCAGGUAAUUACCAGGAACACCAUAUCAUGUACUUAAUUUGCGUGAUCGGUCGACUAGAUAGUGGUUGAAGAUGCUAGGUUCUCUUCCUUUGGAUGUAACAAGUCUGAGUUUCAAGGGUGGAGUUUCUCAUUGAUCUGUAAAUGCGAGUUAGGAGGCGCAUUCCCUCCUCUCUGUUUUUCUGCUCUCUUGUAGUAGUAUUUUGGGAGUAGUACUACAAAAUGUAGUUUGGAGGAUGUGGAAUCUAAUAAGAAUGGAGGGAUUGCAUGGGAUCAGAUAGAAGGGUGUUGGUGAUUGAACAAGAGAAGAGAAGAGUACCAAAAUAUAAUGCUAUCUGUUGUUA